AUGGCCCGGGCACUGAUUCUGCUCACUCUCUCGCUGCUCCUGCCUCCUAGCCUUGGGGAAUCGCCUUCUGUCCCCAGACCUCCAGCCUCACUUCUGGAAGAGGAGCCCACAUCUGAGGAAUUGAGGCUGGCUCCUGGAACUUCAGAUGCACACCUCAGACCUGGAAAGCUGCCUCCAACCUACAGGACCAAGAGGCCAUGGCUAGGGGAACACCUGUUACCAUCUGCUUUGAAAGCCCGGGUAUCCAGGGCACUGCCUGGGUCAGCCACUGAAUGUCAGCUGCAAAGCCUGCUACUACCAGUGACCAAGUUAGGCCUUGGCUACAAUUCUGAUGAGACCAUUGCCUUCCGCUACUGUGCUGGCAGCUGCCACAGUCCCCACACCCACCAUGGCCUGACGUUGGCCAGGCUUUCAGGUGAGGGCCGGGCGAUGGGCCAAUCCUGCUGCCACCCCACCCGAUACGAGGAUGUAGCCUUCCUGGACAACAAUCACCACUGGCAUCACCUGCCCCAACUCUCUGCCGCUGCCUGUGGCUGUGGCAUCUGA